CAUCAUGAAUUUUAUCCAUUCUACAUGGACUAGAUAAAUCAUCAGACAAAGCAGCCUGCAAAAAGCCACAGAGUUGCACAGUUUUUGCAGGAACAUUUUGUCAUCCAUGGCACUAGCCAUUGCUUCUACCGCAUUGUCAAGCCUCCCAACAAGGGAAUUGCAUAAAAAAAUUUCUCUAGGAAAAUUCACAACUUGCUUACCUGGGAGGAGGACUAGCCAUUUAGAUGCAACAAAAGGAGUAUCAAGUGUAUGUGAACCACUUCCUCCGGAUAGGCCAUUGUGGUUCCCAGGCAGUUCACCUCCUGAGUGGCUUGAUGGCAGUCUUCCUGGCGAUUUUGGCUUCGACCCACUUGGAUUAGGGUCUGAUCCAGAGUCACUUAAAUGGUUUGCACAAGCGGAGCUAAUGCAUGGCAGAUGGGCAAUGCUUGCAGUGGCUGGAAUUCUGAUUCCAGAAUGGCUUGGAAGAAUAGGUUUCAUUGAUAAAUUUUCAUGGUAUGAUGCUGGUGCUAGAGAAUACUUUACAGACAAAACAACCUUAUUUGUGGUGCAAUUAGCUUUGAUGGGUUGGGUAGAGGGAAGAAGAUGGGCUGAUUUGAUAAAUCCAGGGUGUGUUGACAUUGAACCAAAAGUACCACAUAAGAAGAACCCAAAGCCUGAUGUUGGUUACCCAGGUGGGCUGUGGUUUGACCCCAUGAUGUGGGGUAGAGGUUCCCCAGAGCCUGUGAUGGUGUUGAGGACUAAGGAGAUUAAGAAUGGGCGUCUUGCUAUGCUUGCUUUUGUGGGCUUCUGGUUCCAAGCCAUUUAUACAGGACAAAGCCCCAUUGACAACUUGAUGUGUCAUGUUGCAGAUCCUGGUCACUGCAACAUUUUUUCGGCUUUCACGUUACGUUGAAGUGUUGAAUUUGAGAAGCAGUUUAUGAAAGACAUGCAAAAUUUGGUGGCACCAACAGCCAGUCAGGCAGGAAGUUCCUCUGUAAUUCUUGUAAAAUCAUUUGCUAGCUGUUUGUUGUCAGAAGUGAGAAUUAAUUGUACAUAUCAAGAAGCCAAAGAAACAUCUGGAUUUUGAUUUUUUGCUAAUAGUUGAUUAAAUUGUUGUCCAUGGGCUUGUUAUUGUCAACUUAAUUAAAUGACACUAAUCACCUGUUUGUCUAGGUGGUAAGAGCAUUAGCAUCAA